AUGUCCACCACAGCUGGAACUUCCGCGCCACGGAGGGAGUGGGAGUAUGCCGUCUCUGUCUUUGCCGGCUGCGUCUCUGGCGUGUGCUCUACGUGUAUCACGAACCCGCUUGAUACCAUUCGCGUUCGACUCUCUGCGAGUCGAGGUGCCACCGGCAAGUCGCAUAAAAGUCUCCUGUAUACUGUAAGGGAUCUAUUCGGUAUGGGAGUCGGACACGCCUUUUCGCGUGGUCUCGGGGCGAACAUGAUGGCGUCACUUCCUUCCAACGGCAUCUAUCUGCCGUCGUACCGCUUUUUGCAGGAGGAAAUGGCGCAGCUGGGCGUGGAUGAGCGUAUACGGCCCGCUUUGUGUGCCAUUGGUGCUGUUUGUACAACGAAUUUAACGCUUGCGCCGCUCUUUUUGGUACGCACGCGUGUGCAGGUGGAUGAUAGACUGACCGUACGAGAAGUCUUUAGGGAUGUGAUGCGUCGUGAGGGAUUUGUCGGCUUCUACCGCGGUACGGUGACAAACAUAGGUGGGCGCUUUGUAGAGGAGGGUCUUUUCUGGUCCGUGUAUGAGCUUCUUAAACGCAUAACAAAGGAAGGGUCCUUUAAAGAUUCAAACAGCUUUCUUCUGACAUCUGCGGCGAUGGUAUCGCUGACGAUGGUCUCGAAGCUGGUGGCGGUGGGUGUCGCCUACCCAUACAACGUUGUCAUUACGCACCUGCGUACCGUGAACCUUGUGACACGUCAAUGUGAACACACACGAUUUUUCCCUACAAUACGGCAUAUUUAUCAAGCGGAUGGAGUUGUUGGCUUUUACAAGGGCCUCUCUCCCCACCUGCUGCGAAGCAUCAUUAGUAAGGCAGCGCAGAUAUACGCCUUUGAGAUUGUCAUGUAUGCGUACAUGUGCUUCAAUGCGAGGGCUAAAUACGCAGCUGUAAUUUCUUCAAACUCUGCGACAGCGACAUCCCCUAUGGCGGUCUCUGAGGCCGAUUAA